AAAAUAUUCAGUAGAGAAUCGAACAAGGUUACCAGCGAAAGUUCUGAGAAAACAUUCAAAUAAAUAAACUGCUUAUAGUUUUGUACACGUAUAUACACUUUCCUAUUAAAAUAUUGUGGAACAUACAUUCACAUCAUAUUUUCUUUUCUUUGACAAAAUACCACCCAGCCAACACUUCUUAAUUACUUUACUGAAACCUCUAUUGUCGUUCUUUAUUAUCUUUUGAAGAGUCGAUAUGUUAUUAUUAAUAACGUUAUAACAAAGAAAAAAAUAAAUACAUAUGAAAUAGUUUAAAGUUAAGAAGAAGAAGAAGAAGAAGAAGAAGAAGAAGAAGAAGAAAAAAAAGAGAAGAAAUCAAAAAAAGAAGAAAAAAGAAAAGAAAUGUGAUAUAACCAAACUGCGACCAAACCAAAGUAUAGCCGUAAAGUUUUUUUGACGAGAUGUCUGGCGUGAUAAUUUUAUUGGUGGUUGCUCUAUCAAUACAUGAGGCAAAGCUUCAGACAUGCAUAACUCCUGACCCUGAUUACUUUAGCGAUGUCAGCUUUACUGGAUUCGAAUUGAAUUCUACUGCUUGCGUGACAGCAUGCAACUUAUUUCCUUAUUUAAAUUCCGAACAAAGUGCUGUCCUGUCAAACUCUUACUGUUUCUGUCGCAAUACAAGCACAUCAGCAUAUGUUACAACAUCGUGCCCCACUCCAUCUACAUGUAAUGCAACAGAAGAUACAUGUUCAUUUGAAACAUUCGAGAUCACUUCAACUUCUCAAGGUGUUAAAGGACUGACAUUUAGUAUACCAGAUGAAAUAAUUACAAAACAGACACUUUCGCUUUCACCCAAAUUGGUUUCCACAAACCCUGCUGUGUAUAGAUACCAAUAUGAAACAAAUGUUUGGAGUGCCUAUCAGUCACCAUUGCCAAAUAUCACACUUUUUGCACCUGGCUAUUACAUGGUUAAAGUUGAGGCAAAGAACCUUUUAUCAGAACCAAUAUUGCAGGAAAAGAUUGCUAAUGUUGUUUCAAAUAUUUCCACAGCUUACUUUGAUGUACCAAUAGUAUAUGAGAAGGAUGCUAUAAUCGAAACAAACUUAAUUAUUGUUGAUGGGAGUAAUUUAACCAUCAAUAUUACAUUCAAAGAAGCAACACAAACACAUCAGUUUAACCUUGAAUCAGAUGUACCAGUGGUCAUGGUUGGCCUGUCUUCAUAUGAGAUAAGCACAGCCACUGCUGUACCAGCUUCUGUUAUGAAACCAAAAAUUAUAAUAACGCCGUCCCUUACGUUCAAAGAAUCUGGCUCGGUUACUGCUCUUGAGAUUAUUUCAGAAACAGCAGGUACUAUGCUUUUCUUGGUUCUUAGGCCGAAAUGCAAGUUUUGUUUCUCAAGCAUGAAUUGUGGCUGUGUUGAUAAAAUAACCUUAUUUGGCAAUGAAUCUUUGGCUACAUAUUCUUUUACUGGUAUCGGAAGUGUUGAUGUUGAAGUUAUUCAAAAUAUAUUGGUUAAUGUGUCAUCUACAGGACACCAAUUACUGGAAAUUCACAGUCAUAAAAUAGCUGUCAAAAAGGGUGAUAUGUUCGCAUACAUGUCCUCUGAUUCUUAUACUAAUUUGAUGUAUACUUCAAGCUCAUCAUCAAGUUAUGUCUAUGACAGAGGUGGCAAUGAUGUAUUUCCUGGAGAGGAAUUUGAUUUAAACGGUCAUGCAAGCGUAUUAAAUCAAGUGCCACUGAUGAAGGUCUACUUAGCCAAGGCUGUUGUAUUUCAAUUACCAACAGUUUCCCCAACUGAUAUUGGUGAAAUUGAGUUGCAAGCUCAUAUUUCGAAUCAUUUAGGUUUCCCACUUGUUGUAAACAAGACUGUUCCAGUUCAGGAGCGCAUCUCUGGUCUUAAGUUCGACAUAAAAAAACCUAUACCAGCAGAUACAGGAUCUUAUAAAUCUGAUUUCCCUUGGUAUGAAAUGGAUACUCUGACCGACAGUGGUUCUCAUAUAUUUUAUCAGUUUACUAUUCCUGAAUUAAAUUUAACAAAAAACUCUACUGCAAAAAAUGUAGUCUUCAAAAUUGAUCAAGUUGGAAUAUUCACUGUCAAUGUUACAGCAUCUAAUCUUAUCAACUCCGAAAAUGCAUCUGUACAAUUUUCUAUACUUGACAAAAUAAAAGGGCAAAAUAUUUAUGUAUCAAAUUCAUUGGUUUCCAUGAAUGAGUCGAUGAUGGUAUAUGUCAAGGUGAUCAAUGGAACUGGUGUUACACUAGAAGUAGAUUUUGGAGAUGGAUCACCAGUACAAAAACAAAUCAUUGACGAUGCCAGAGGAGCUGACGGUGUCUUUCAUAAUCUCACAUACACAUAUAAGUCCUGUGAAAAAUUCACCAUCACCGCUAAAGUAAGGAAUAAUAUUACUCAAGCAAGCUGGGAAAAAUUUCCUCAUCCACACAAGGAUACCAUUGAUGUUAUUGUUUUAUGUCCUUUAACAUAUGUAGACCUCUCAACUGUACCUGUUAAACCUCUCAGUGGGAUGCUUCUCCUUGAAGUUAACAAAACCAUUGAUCUUGCUGUUGAUCUUAAUUCUGGCUCUUUUCCAUUAUAUAACAUCAGUUGGGGGGAUAAUAGCUCCAAUACCAUAGUAAACCAUAGUGACUUAGCACAUGCAAAACGUUUCACAACAUCUCAUAAAUAUAAGUCUAUUGGAGAAUAUACAAUCAAAACUGUUGUCUCAAACAGUAUUCAAGAAAUAUAUGGAAGAGAUAUCAAACUGAAAGUAAAGAAAUGUGCUAUUCCUCCUGUUAACUUUACAUAUGGAACUCCACAAGAGCCAUUCACAUUUACUCGUGGGGAUAGAAGGGAAUUUGUUGCAACAUGGGAAUUUAGUGCUAAGUGUGAGGACUCCCUUAAAAAAAAAUUUCUAUUACGAGAUUGGUUGUUAGAGAACUCCAAUGGUACAAAAAUGAAUAACACAAGUGGUUUUGAUAGAGAAAAUAAAAAGUGCUCCUACACAAUUGAGAAGCAAAUUCUGCCAGCAGGUGAUUAUAUUUUAACAUUGACAAUGACACAUGUAAGUGAUGUAUUUGCAUACAGAGCAUAUAUUAAAAUUUUGGAAUCACCAUUGAUUGCUGGUAUUGUUAAUGGAAAUUUCCAGAGUAUUCCAUUAAAAAGGAGAAUAGCAGAAGUUAACAUUGCAAAUAAUCAAACACAGAACACAACGUACUUCAAUUUCACUCUGGAUGCCAGUAUUAGUUAUGAUCCAGACGAUAGAAGUAAUGGCAUUAAUGGCUCCAAUUUCAUUUGGUAUUGUAAAGUACUAAGUAACAGAUCUGUUGUCAUAGAUUCAACCAAAGCCCGUGAAGCAGCAGAGAAUACAACUAUCGUGAAAUACAAACCGAAUAUGUGCCUUAAUGAAACACUCACCAUUGUGGAGGUUGUAGGCAUACACAAAGAUGAAUUAGGACUUAUUCGUUUCAAUACAGAAAUGUUUCUGGAGGGUGUUGAAUACCAAUUUGUAGUAAAAAUGAAGAAAGGCAAUAGAGAAGCUUCAUUUACUCAGAAAGUGAUGAUAACAGCAGGAGCUCCACCUAUGGUUACUGUAAAUUGUGUAUUUAACUGUAAAAAUAAAAUUAAUCCAAUGGAGAAGUUUGCUCUCAGAUUGCGCUGUGUUGAAUGUCCAUCAAAUGAAAGGCUUGUUACAAGAUGGAUGAUAAAACGUGAAGAUGUUGAUAUAACUGAUCAGUUUGAAAACAAUUUAAAAUUCUCCUCCACUGGUGUUGAUAAAACAAGUCUUGUGAUAAAUGGCAACAUUUUGAAUGUAGCUGUCAAUCAUACAUUCAUGUUGAAAGUAAAUUUUGAAGGCUCCACUGUAGUUUCUCAGUACAUUCUUGCUAUUCCAACAUCUUCGAAACCUUACGGGGGUAAUUGUACUGUAGACCGAAACGAAGGUUCUGCCACAGAUUAUUUCAAAAUCAGAUGUUCAGGUUGGAAAAAUGACGAUCAACCAACAACCUAUGAAUUUCGCUAUGAUACCGGUGCAAAGCCUGUUGCAUCUCUCAGUUCAGCUGUAGAGGCUGAUUAUCCACUGCUAAAUUCAAAUUCUCUAGACCAGCCAGAAUUGUCUAACAUUUUGCUACCAUUGGGACUGGAAUCACAAAAUUACACAAUCAACUUGAAGUUGCGAAUCAUCAACAAAUAUGGCGCAUAUGCGACUCUUGAUCACUUAGCUGUAGUGGUCAAGCCACCGGCAUUGACAGGGAAUUCUUCCACUCGCUUGAAUGAUAUUUUUGCUACGAAACCAAAAAGUAAUGAUUCACAAACGUUAGCUGCGUUUGUAAAAUCGACUAUAUCUCUUGUUGACAUGGAGUCAGUUUUAACACCAGAAGAAACUGAACCAAUUGUUUCUGAGUAUACUGGUUUACCUGAUGUAGAGGCAGAAGAUAAAAGGAAAAAAAUCAUAGAAGAACAAAAGAAACAACGAGAAAAAAUUAGGCAGGAAAUGGUUGAGUACUUACAGAUAGCACCAGUUAAAAAUAUCCAAGAUGUUAAAGUAAUCGGAGAUGCGCUAACAUCCACGACACAAACUGGCGACGAAAUAUCAAAUGAAAUGACGAAAAAAGCUAUAGACGUUGUUUCAAAGCUUGCAGAUGCUUUAAAAUUGAUUGCGGAACAGGACGUUGGGGUGUCCUAUUUGGAACAAUCAACAAAAUCUAUGCUAUCUUCUAUAUCCAAUCUAAUGAAGUCAGACUUCACUGCUGCAGAUAAAGUACAACCUAUGGGAGACAUAACUGUCGACAAAAAUGCACCGACUGUUUCUAUCACAACGACGGCAGAUUCACAUAGUACUGCAACUAAAAAUCAAGCCCAGAUAAGCAAAGAAAACAUUGUUAACCUGGUCGGUAGUCUCGAAACCUAUUUCAAUGUGGUGAGCAAAAACAAAUUGGAAGGCGAGCAGGCUAGCAUUGGUAAAACAGAUGCUUUCGAUUUCUAUUUGAACAAGGUGAAGGCGACAGACCUGUCUUCACUUAAUGUGACAACUCAAGCUGACCCUGAUGGUACGGGAAUUUCAUAUGGGUUUGAACUUCCAGAUAGUGAGGAUAUGUUCAACGUUUCUUCUCAAGGACUUGAAGUUGAAGUGCAAAAUGUUCAAUACGCAAACAACGUGUUUUCAUGGGAUUUAAAUAACUCGCGUUAUAUAAAGUCUGAAGUUAGUGCAUUAGCUUUCAAGUCUGAAGAUGGUGAACUGCCGGUUAAAUCCACUUCGAAACCUAUCAAAAUCAAGAUGAAAAACCAACUUGAAAAUUUUGACAGCAAGAAUGUUAGUCUUUAUAUGCCAGGGAUGAUUGCAAUGGAAGGUAUAUCGUUACCAUCAACAUCGUGUAACUUUUUGUUCAAUGUGCGCGCAUUAAACGAUUAUCGUAACGUAACGAUACUUACCUUGUACGUACAAUAUGGCAAGCGACCUACAAAAAAGGAUCACGAUGUCAUGUUGAAUAUUUCAUACAGCGAUGGAAUAGCAUUGACCAAAAAAUCAGGGUUUGUUAACAUAACAGGUGACAAUUCAACCAAUGGGGAGGGUAUGUCACGAGAGAGAAAAUCCAACAUUCGUAUCUUGGAUGACAACACUUUUCUGAUGUGGGGUUUUAACAGUUCAACACAUGCUUAUUUAAACAACAGAAGGUUAUACUUUGCAUUUUCCUACGAAGGGCCCAUGCCGGAUCUUGUAAGAACGACCAAUCUUUAUACUUAUGACAUUGUAGAAUCUCGAGGUGCGUUUAACUUUUCCAUGAAGACGUUCUGUAGUGAAUGUAGGUACUGGGAUGUAGUUGAGGAGGAAUGGUCUACAGAAGGUUGCAAGCUUGACUUGAACUCAACAUCAUUGGAAACCACUGGGUGUAUGUGUAACCAUUUGACAGCGUUUGGUGGCUUUUAUGUUGCUCCAAAUCCUCUUCCAACACCAUCUCUUGCAUUGCUUAAAGAAGGUUACGUGCUAUUAGUUGCUGUGGGUAGUGUACUUUUGCUUUACGUUGUCGGCUUGUUAUUUGCAAGGAGAGCAGACAGGAGAGACGCAACGAAGAUUGGCGUGUGCCCAUUACUGGACAACAAGCCUGAAGACACCUACCUAUACGAGAUUACUGUGAAUACUGGCAGUAGAAGAUAUGCUGGGACAAAAUCGAAUGUUUUCUUUAACGCUACAGGAGAGCACAGUGAGUCAGGAAUACGGAGAUUGAAAGACAAGGAACGUCAAACAUUUCAACGCUCCAGUUCAGACGUUUUUAUUAUGAGUGCAGCAACAAGUCUCGGGGAUAUAUCUUACAUUCGUGUAUGGCAUGACAACAGUGGAGGAGGCUGGUAUUUAAGGAGCAUGGAAAUUAUUGACCUUCAAACCGAAGAAACGUACAUUUUCAUAGCGUCACGCUGGUUAUCUGUUGAUCAAAACGAUGGCCUGACUGACUGUUUGUUGCCAGUCUCAACAAAGGAAGAGCUAACAGACUUCAAUUAUUUGUUUACCAACAAAACUCGAAGGGAUUUUUCCGAUGCACACCUCUGGUUUUCCGUGUAUGCUCGGCCACCUAGAAGUCCUUUUACUCGAUGUCAAAGAUUAUCCGUUGCUAUUUCUUUGUUGUUGUGUUCAAUGGUUGCUAGUGUUAUGUUUUAUGGCGCAGUGCCUGAUGGAAAACCUGCCGAUGAGAACAAAAUGGGUGCCUUUACUUUCAAAUGGUCACAGGUCUUCAUAGCGUUGGUCAGCACAGCCAUUACUGUUCCUGUUAACCUUCUUCUUGUUGGUAUUUUUCGUUCUGUUCGGCCAGCUCGACCUGAUCCAAGUUUAUUCGAAGUUUCAUCUGAAGAGAGCAUCAAUGAUGACAGCUACGAGAUGCAGCCUUCUCCCACUAACGAAAAGCUGAUCAAUGGCGACGUCACAAGAAAGAAAUCUAGCACACACAUCAAUAUGAAAGCACCACCACCGACGCCGCCACUCGAUGAUGAUGAAGAUGAUGAUGAAAGUGGCAAAAGUAAGAAGAAGAAAAAGAAGAAGCCCUUCUACCUACCACAUUGGUUUAUCUACCCUGCAUGGAUACUGUGCGUACUGGUCAUAUUGGGUUGUGGUUUUAUGGUGGUGUGGUAUGGUAUGGCGUUUGGAAAUGCCAAAUCGUUGGAUUGGUUGGCCUCCAUUACCAUUUCUUUGGUGCAAGACGUGCUCCUUCUUCAACCAAUAAAAGUGUUUGUCAUGGCAUUGUUUAUUGCAUUGGUUGUCAAAAAGUUGGACGAAGAAGAGAAAAGUGAAAUUGAAAAACAAGUCAAAACGCUUGCCCAAAAUGAAAAGUGGUUGCACAAACUGACAAAAGAAACCAGUCUGUUUGAUAGAGUAGAUACGACAUCUUUAGAACCUCCGGAUGCAGGUACUCUUCAAAGCAUGCGAAGUUUGCGCCUUAAAGAAGCAAAAAUGUAUGCCAUCUCAAGAGAGCUGGUCCUUUAUCUAGUUUUCACAGUUGUUGUGUUUUUGAUUGGUUUUUUGACACGUGAUCACUUUGCCUACCACCAGACACGUGAUAUCGAGGAACUGUUACGUGUAAAAGUUCGUCCAGAAUCCACAUUCCCUAACACCACAGUGUUUAGCGAGGUGCGUUCAUAUCAAGACUUUUGGCCGUGGGUGGACGAAAUGUUGCUUCAAGAGAUUUACCCAGCCAAAUGGUACAACUUAUCUUUGCUCUAUGAGAACACAACGAAUGAAGAUUUCCCAGGAAAGCUGUAUUUGAACGAUUUAAGCUCAAAGAUUGUGAAUGGAGUACGAUUGCGACAGGUCAGAGUAAAAACAGAAUCGUGUGUUAUGCCAGACUAUGUCAAAAAUAUCAUGACGAUUGACUGUGCUGAUUCGUAUGGAGCAGCAGAUGAAGAAAAGAGAGAUUUUAAUUACAACUGGACUAAACCCACCACAUUCAAAGAAAAUAUCAAUCCUAGUAACAAGCCAUGGCGUUAUCAAACCUGGCAAGACUUGGAUGCUUACCCAAUAUGGGCAGAACUUGAAACCUACUACGGCGGUGGAUAUGUGGUGGAACUUUUUCCAAAAUGGAACAACAAAGCUAUGCUCGAUCAGUUGAAAAAAAAAAGGUGGAUUGACCGGCAUAGUCGUGCAGUUAUUGCAGAAUUCGCGCUUUAUAAUGCCGGCACAAAUUAUUUUGACGCAGUUACGAUUGUAUUCGAGUUCCCUCCGUCUGGUGGAAUUAUUCAUUAUCAAUCGAUUGUAACGUUCAAAUUAUACCGAUACACCAGUGGAUACGCAUUCUUCACGAUUAUUUGUGAAGUUUUGUUUCUUCUUUUUAUGUUGUUGUUUCUCAUUCGAGAAACUCGAUUAUUAUAUCGUACUGGUCUACCGUACUUUAAGGAGUUUUGGAAUCUGGUGGAGCUGAGUAAUUUUAUUCUCUCUGUACUUGCUGUUGUGUUCUAUUUUUAUCGUGACACAAUGGCCCGUGAUCUUUUGUCUCGAUUGCCCGAUAAAUCUCCUAAUGUAUUCAUCAAUUUUCAAUUUGCUGCUUACUGGGAUUUGGUGUUUACCUAUAUCGUCGCGCUUAUCUGUUUCUUUGUUACCUUAAAGUUUAUUAAGCUACUACGCUUCAAUAAACGCAUUUCCAUGUUGUCUUCCACACUAAGAAAAGCAUGGUAUCCGUUAGCUAUGUUUGGCAUCUUAUUUUUUAUCAUCGUCGCUGCUGUUGUUUCUUCCACCUCCAUUAUAUUUGGAACAUCAUUGUAUGGGUAUCGAAACAAUUUGAAAACUAUUGCCUCCAUCAUCAGUUUGUUGUUAGGAAAAUUCAGUUAUCAUCAAUUCGAAUCGACCAAUGGUGUACUCGGGCCAAUCUUUUUCUUUUCUUUUAAUGUAAUGGUGAAUUGGAUAGUGAUGAAUAUGUUCAUCUCCAUCCUGAAUGAUGUUUUCGCAGAUGUUCAAGCUGACAUCGAUCUUCAAGACAAUGAAUAUGAAAUGUUGGACUUUAUGACGGAUCAUAUCAAAAGUUGGAUUGGUCUUGGAGUUAAAAAUCGAGACAAAGCAGUUGAAGAUGCUUGGGUUGAAGAUCGACCGAAUGAGCACGACAGUGAAGUAAGCAUUCGCACAACCGUGAUGUCACGACGUAUGGAAUUAAGAAACGCCAGUCGCUCAUCGUUGCGUUCCAGAAAAUCGUCGUCGAAAAGGAGGUAUUCCAGUAGAGGCUUAAUGGGUUCGAAAGCGUGGAAGAAUACCGAUGUUUUAAAUCGUGACACAAGCUUUUUAUUGGAUGACACCUUUGAUGAGGAGGAGAUGGACGUGACGGUCAAUAAAUUUGUCAAUUGUGUCAAUUUGUUAUAUUUUGAUGACGUGACCGUGGCUAAAAAGAUGAACGGUGUGGUAAAAGAGGAACUCACAAAAGUGUAGGAUUUUGAGAUAUAAAAACAUGCAUAAAUAUCUAAGUUUAUCAAGACGCGUGUGACCAUGCACUAUUAUUUGUACUAUAAUUUAUACUAAUUAUUUAACAUUGACGUUUGUUUUCCAACGUAAAAUUCAAAAGAUAAUGACUUCUGUAUGUGUAUAUAUAAAUUAAUAUAAAAAUUUCACCUA